GUCAGCAUGUUGGGCAUAGGACCACGCCCCCGACCGCGCGACAUGACGUCAGACUGUUGACGGAAGCGGAAAGAGCGGACCGAGCAGAGGUCUUCCCUUCUUUAAUAGGUCCAUGGGUCUUCCACCUGCAGGACAGCUGCUGGAUGGGGAUGGCGGAAAGCGGGGCUCACCUGACGGUCGGUGGCGGCGACGCGGAGCGGCCGUCCAUCUUCCAGCUGCUCGCGCAGGAGUCCCUCAUGGAGGCGGUGCGGCCCGCGCUACGACACGCUGCUAAGGUGCUGGCCGAGGCCCACCCCUCUGCCCUGGGCUUCCUGUGGAGGAGCUACGAGGAGCUGUACCUCCUCCUGGACCUGCUGCUCCAGAGCCACCUGCUCUCCUCCCGCAGCGCCUCCUUCUCGGAGAACUUCUACGGUCUGAAGCGCGUCCCCCGGGCGGGCGGGGGGGCCCUCGGCCGGGCGGCGCGGGGCCGCUCCCUGCUCCUGCUGUGCCUCCUCCCGUACCUCCUCCGCCGGCUGCGCCGCGCCGUGAGCCGGCGCCGCGACCAGGACGACUUCUCCAUCCCGCCGGCGCCCCGCCUGCACCGCCUGCACCGCCUGCUGGCGUGCGGCGGCGGCGCCUGGGCCGUGCUGCGGCUGGCCCAGACGCUGCUCUACGUGGCGGGCCGCGCCCGGACGCACUCCCCCCUGCUGUGGCUGGCUGGGGUGCGGCUCACACCCCUCACGGCCCGGGACCUCAGCCUCAUGAGGAGGGAACGCCCUGGGGGCCCGACGGGGAGCAGCAGGUUGGUCCAGGCAGUGGUGGGCGUGGCUGGGGGCGUGGCCGGGGGCGUGGCCACCGCCCUCUCCUUGGGAACCUUCUUCCUGCAGUUCCUGGAGUGGUGGUACUCCUCGGACCACCAGGACAGCAUCAAGAGCCUGACCUCCCUCCCUGCUCCUCCCCCCCCCCUGCACCUGCUGCAGCCCCGCCCCUCCCCCUCCUCCUCCCCCUCCUCCCCCUCCCCCUCCUGCUGCCCGCUGUGUGGCCGUCUCCUCUCCAACCACACCGUCCUCUCCACCUCCGGCUACGUCUUCUGCUACCGCUGCAUCUACGCCUUCGUCAAGAGCAGCCAGCGCUGCCCUCUCAGCGGCUACCCCACCCAGCUGCAGCACCUGGUCAAGAUCUACGCCUCCUAGACCCUCCUAGGCCCCCACCCAGCUGCAGCACCUGGUCAAGAUCUACGCCUCCUAGACCCUCCUAGGCCCCCACCCAGCUGCAGCACCUGGUCAAGAUCUACGCCUCCUAGACCCUCCUAGGCCCCCACCCAGCUGCAGCACCUGGUCAAGAUCUACGCCUCCUAGACCCUCCUAGGCCCCCACCCAGCUGCAGCACCUGGUCAAGAUCUACGCCUCCUAGUCCCCCACAAUAGGAAUAUAUAUUUUUCUGUUUGUAAUAAAAAUGAAUCAAGAGGAGAGAAGUUGAGCACUGGUUGGUUUAUUGUUUGAUUGACAGGCCGCUGGGGGCGGAACAGAAGUCACAUGACUGACAGUGUGUUUGACACAAAUCUGUACUUAUAUACACUUUACUAUACUAUAGAGUAGAGAGUAUAUACAGUAUACUACUAACUAUAGAGUAUAUACAGUAUACUACUAACUAUAGAACUCAGCCAUAAAA